AUGAUCAAUGGUGGUUGGGUGGUUGGUGUGUUGGUGUUGGUGGGUGGGUGGUGUUGGGGUGGGGGGGGGGGGGGGGGGGGUGGGGGGGGUUUGGGUGGGGGUUGGGUUGGGGGGUGGGUGGUGGGGGGGGUGGGGGGGUUGGGGGUUGGGUGGUGUGGGGGGGUUGUGGGGGGGUGGGGGGGGGUGGUGGGUGGGGGGGGUGGUGGGGGGGGUUGGGGUGGGGGGGGGGUGGGGUGGUUGUGGGGUGGUGGGGGGGGGGGUGGGUGGGGGGGGGGGGGUGGGGGGGGGGGGUGUGGGGGGGGGGUGGGUGGGGGGGUGUGUGGGGGGGGGGUGGUGGGGGGGGGUGUGGGGGGGUGGGUGGGGGGGUGUGUGGGGGGGGGUGGGGUGGGGGGGGGUUGUGGGGGGGUUUUUGGGGGGUUGGGUGGGGGGGGUUGUGGGGGGUUGUGGGGGGGUGUGGUGGGGGGGGGUGGGUUGUGGUGGGGUUUUGUGUUUGGUUGGUGGUGUGGGGUUGGGGGGGGGGGGUGGUGGGUGGGGGUGGGUGGGUUGUGGGGGGGGGGGGGGGUGGGGGGGUGGGGGUGGGUGUUGGGGGGGUGGUGGGGGGGUGGGGGGGGGGGGGGGGGGGGGGGGGGGGGGUGUGUGGGGGGGGGGGGGUUGUGGUGGUUGGGGGGUUGUGGGGGGGUGUGGUGUGGUUUAAUCAUUAGCAACCCACACCGGGGGGGGUCAAGACUUGAGGAGAGUAGGGAGAGGGGUGGAAAGGGUUGUUGGGGGUUUUAUUUUUUGUUAGUGGGUUGGUGGUGUGGGUUUUUUUUGUUUUGUGUGUGUGUUAUGGGGGGGGGGAUUUUGGGUGGGGGUUGGGGGGGUUGUGGGUGUUGUGGGGGGUGGGGGUUUUUGUUGUUGGUAGGUGGUUUUGGGAGUUUGGUUUGUGGGUGUUUUUUGUGGGGGGGGGGGUGGGGAUAUGGUUGUGGUGUGGUGGUUGUUGGGUGUUGGUUGGUUGGAUUGGGGGACUCAGAUGGAUCUCUAUAUAUUGGGGGGUAG